AUGCACACGCCAAGGGGCUCUCUGAUCCCUCGAGAAGUGGAGACUCCGAAGGAGUUGCAACUGCGGGUGACUCCGGUGGAGGUGAAGUUUCAGGACACGAUGGCGGGGAAGGUGUACCGCCAAUCAAUUACUGUCCACAAUGUGGGCCGCAGCAACCAGAAGAUCCGGUUUCUGGAGCCAGCCAAGCCACAGUUUAAACUGGUUUUGCCAAGUAUGGAUAAAGAAAUUGCUUCUGGACUUCAGAUGACAGCUAUGGUGGAAUAUCAUCCUAAUAAAAAUGAAGAUAUUUCUGACCAGCUAUUUAUUGCAGUAGGAAACAAAGCAGUAGAGGUCCCUCUUAUUGGGUUGAUUCCAGCCUGUCAAUUGGAAAUGAAGCCAGAUGUUGAUUUUGGCACUUUGGUUGCCAAUAGUAAAGUGUAUAGUAAAGAGGUUAAAAUAAUUAACCGUGGCAAGGCUCCAGGUAUGUUUACAACAAAAUACCAGGGCCAAUUACCCAUUGUAGUUUCUCCAAGUGAUGGUAUUGUGGAACCCAAGUCCUCGAAGAUUAUUAAAGUGGAUUUCUGUGCAGACCAGCCCAGCCUUGUAAAUGAAGUGGCAAUAGUGAGUUUGCAAGGUCGUCCAGAUGUACUCUUAUAUAUCAGAGUUCGUGUGGUUGAGCAGAUUCUUGAAUUGUUAAACAUGAAUGGUAAUCAAAAGCUGGAAUGCAUACACUUUGGUUGUACUUUCUUUGGAACAUCGAAGAUUGAACAUGCUCUUCUAUUCAAUAAUAGCCCAGAACUUAUAAAUUGGGUGGCAAUAAUACAAAAUGAUUCAGUUGGAGAAGAACUGGGUACAAAUAUGCAACAAAGAACAGAUGUUGCUAUAAAUAAUCUCGCCUUCAUAAGAAAAAUAAAGAAUUUGGAUAUUACCACCUUUAUCUCCUGUGUUCCUAAUGAAGGGAGAUUACCACCUUAUCAAAAGACUAAAAUUACACUUUGUUUCAGCCCAAAGGUAAUUACCGAAGGAAAAAAGGAUUAUGACCCUUCACACAGGCAAGACUAUGCUGUUUUUGUGAGAUUUGACUCUGUAGGAAGUAAGGAUGGGUUUUUGAGAGAUGAUAACUCUAAAACCAUCAAAAAUGAUCAAUUUCAGAAACUGGAAUUAGCACUGACAGGCUCAGGACUUCCUGUUAUAAUGCAGUUUAAUUCAGGAAGCUUUCUUACUUUCCCAACUUGUUCCUUUGGUGAAUCUUCAGAGAUUUCGUUUAUUAUGAAAAAUCGAUCCAAAUUACUUCCUGUGAUGUACCACUUUAGAAAAACUGCAAAUUUUAGAGUUAAACCUGAAAGGGGCAAUAUUGAUGCAGGAUGUAUUCAGGAAGUGACAUGUUCAUUCAUGCCACAUCAAGUUGGAGCCUUUACAGUGAAGCAGUACAUAGACUUUAUUGGCCCAGUGGCAGAUAAAAAUUUUCAAUCUUUAUUGCUGAGACCUUUUUAUCACAUACAUUUAGUUUUCAAGGGUGCCUGCAAAAUUUCCAACAAGAAAGUUGUGUUUCAAAUUAAUCCUGGCAUAUCCCCUAUCGCCACUAAUCCUACGGGCCAGUUUGUGGUCAAAGAUUUGACAAAAUACAAGGAAUGUGCUCCUGUUGCAAUGCUUCAAUCAGCCUUGACAACCAUUCACAAUCAUAAGUCAAGUAAAGAGUCAGUGCAGGAUGCGCUGAUAGCCUUUCCCAAUGACCGAACUGCAAGUAUCAGGCCUGGAGACCAGGAAAAACAUUUCAGGACGAUUUUCACAAAGGUUCCAAGGCAUAACUAUGUGGAUACUGAGUUUACAUAUACUGAUUCUGAAGUACUAAAGAAGAAAGCACAUGAAGACUAUUAUAAAAACUACAUUGACUCUUUAAGGAAGGCACGCCUGCAGAAAAAAGCAGGGAAGAGGUAAAAUGUGUAUGCAUAUGACGAUCUAGACAUAGGAUUAUAUCCAGCUUCAGGUCUGAAGUCACCCACACUCUUAAAAUCGGAUUUGGAAGUAGUGGUCCCACCUUUAAUACAAAGUGUCAAACCUUACCAAAUGCUAUGUACCAGGAAUAUAGAAACCAAGGAAGCAAAGGCUCUAGAAAGAAAGGUUAUCAGAGCACUUAAAUCGACCCCAUCCACACUUUCUGAAAAACGUGAUUGCAAAUUAAUUUUGACACCAAAGCAAAUUCAUCAAGUAAUCGUUGGGCCCUCUGUCCUUAAUUUUGGUGAUAUUUGUGUGAACUCCAUAAAUACUCAUCGACUGCAUGUUGUUAAUAUGCUACCUAAGUAUAUUUUGCUCCAUUUAGAUGUUAAUUUGAAAGAACUUCAGAAAACCAAACAAUUUUCAUAUGUGAUUCCACCUUCAUCCAGUACUCAUAUUUCAGUUAUAUUCCAUUCUUCCACUGCUGAAAAAUUUUGGAAGUCUUUCACCUUUAGAGUGAACAAUAUACCUGGUGGGCACCUCCUAGUGAGGGCAAAUAUCAUGCCAGUAAGACUUGAGCUAUCUUCUGAUGAGGUAGUGUUAAAACCACAUGGCUUCUUGUUGAAAACAUGUUUUAGGGAGACAGUUACGUUGCAUAAUCAUCAGAAUUAUCUUGUUCGCUUUGAAUGGAUACCAGUAAACACAGAAAGAGGAAUGUCAUUUUCCAUUCGUCCAAGUAAAGGCAUUGUUGAACCAUACUCCUCAUUGGAAUGUGAAGUAACAUGGCUGCCGGGUUUCAGUGCUCCAGACAAGGGAGAAUUUAUUCUUCAAGUUGAUGAAGGAAACACGAUGACACUAAAAUGUGUUGCACAUCGUGGUAUCACCAAGGUCUUGUUUUUGGAGCCAAGGAUACUCUUCAAUAAUAGUCCUCAAGGUUUAACAACUUGCAAGAAAGUCAUUCUUCACAAUGUAGGACAAAACCAUGCCUAUUUCAAGGUUUGCAGUAAGAGUCUUAUGUCUAUCAUUAAUAUUGUUCCAUCAGAAGGAAUAGUUCCCUUUGGGGGGCUAACUGUUGUCACUAUCACCUGUACACCUACCUUGGCAGAAAGAUUCGAUGUAUUAGCAAAGGUUGCUAUACGCCACGGAAGUGACAUAGAACUUAGGAUUGGUGGAACUGCUGACGUUGCUGAUAUUGAAAUCAUACCAGACACAUUUAUCUUCAGCGGCACCUUUCUUGGCGGUACCCAGAUUAUUCCAUUUUUGGUAAAGAACAAAGGCAUAACACGUGCCAGAGUGGAGUUUAAUCUAGAAGGUCAUUUAUAUUUUUCAAUGGUUUUUAAACACAAAACAGGGAAACACAAAGACCCUGCAUUUCCUGACCGGUAUUAUUUAGAGUUAGAGGGAGAGACAUCUAUGGAAUGUGGCAUAUUAUUUGCUCCCGAAGAAGUGACAACGUAUGAAUUUGACUUUGACAUUCACAUUAAUUUCUUUGAAUCUUCAAAACUUUACACUCAAUAUCGUUUGUCACAAUCUCCUGUGCCUCGGGUUCCUCUUAUUCGACCAUGUCAUGUUCAAGCUACUGUAUUGCAAGCACCAGUGAAUUUAUCUAGAACUCAAUUUAUAUUUGAUAUCCCACCAUAUGCUUUGAGGUAUAAGAAAAGGGUCUCAAAAACUCAGCAUAUUAUCUUACAUAAUUUCUCAAAAAGAACUGUGGAGUGGUGUUUCGAUAUUACUAAUGCUGAGAAACUUUUCAAAGAGGGCAUAUUCGAGUUUAAUUUAUUAAGUGGGACUCUACUACCAAAUGAAGAGUAUAAAGUUUUCUUAAGGUUUUGUCCAACUCAUGCUGUAAAAUACACAGCUAAUGUACCUGUACGUUUAAAUAACAGUCCAGUUUGCUACCAAAUGUUACAUCUGAUUGGAGAGCUAAAAUUGCCCAAGUUAUCAUUUGACCGUGAAUUCAUGUAUUUUAUCCCUGUUCCUUUGGAUGUAGCAAGUGUGAUGGAUGUCAACGUUUUACCUCAGAGUUAUUACAGAGAAUCAAGUAUAAAGGUUGUGAUUCCCCCAGCACAGCUUCUUGGUAUUGAUGAAGAGGAUCACCCUCUUACUGUGAGUUUUCCAAAAGGCACAGUCAUUGAAGCCUCUCUUGAUGGAAUUAACACUGAACUCAUCUGCCGCUUUAGCUUCAAAUCAUCUAAACCUCUGACAAUUGUCACUAAUGUUCUUUUCUGUGAUGACAGAGAUUGCAGGUUUUCACUUCCAGUUAUUGCAACAGCAGAAAGCUGCAUUCUUACUACUUACCCAUAUAUGGCAUUUCAUAUUGAUGAGGAAAACAUUAUUGUAAGGAAUGAUAAGGAUCCCAGCCUUGUGAAGAUUUCAAAACAUGUUUCGCUUCCCUAUGAAAAAGAUGGAUUAUCUUCUCCUGCUCCAUCUAAAUGUGAGGAGAUUGAUCCUGCAAAGAGAUUCUUCAUCGGAAUAGAAGAAACACCUGGAAAAGUGAAAAGCCCAAGAAGUGAAAAGCCUAAGAAGAAAGGAGAUAAAUCAGUGGAAAAGCAGGAGGAAAAUAAGAAAUUCUGUCCUGAUCCAGGAACAAAGGCAUAUGACUUCAUUCAGAAGAUUGUAAAUGCAGUUCAGACCUGGUUCAGCCUCUUCGGCUGGCCUGACGGACCACAUUCUCUUUCUGUUCCAGACAGUAUAAGAAGGGAUGUGAGUAAAAUGCAAGCCUUCGGAUCAAUCUCAUUAGAUCAAAAACAUGCCAAAGCAAAUAACUUUUUAAGAUACACUAAAACCAUUUAUGAUGUGAUACGCCACUUGAGUGGAGUAAUGCCUGAUGGGAUUAAUCCUAGUCAGUCUUUACCUGUGGAUUACAUUGAAAGGCUGAUUCAACUUCAUUUGCAACAUUCUUUGGUUCUUGACUUUCUCAGAGCUCGAGGAGCAUAUCUUUCUUAUAUACAGCCAGAAUUUCUGUUCGAACCAGAAGAUUACAAGAAAUGGGUUGAAAUGAGAACUAAAGCCUUGUCAGUAUGUUCCUCUUUACCUAAGGAAAAGCCACCAUGUUCCUCUUUACUUAAGGAAAGGCGAUAUAUUGUUAUAGAUAUGACUGAGUUUGAAACCUGGAGUCAACGGGCAUGGACAGAUGUACUCCUUCAGAUAUACAAGGUUCUGAUAUUAUCCCAGAUUCUACCACAUUCCCCAGAUGAUAUGCCCUCCAUACAUACUCAGAAGUCACCAAAAGUCAAUCCUUGUUUUAUAGACAGCAACGUAUAUUCUGAUUCUGAAAGACUUUUGCUUAGUUGGUUGAACACAAAUUAUGAGAAUGCCCGACAUAUUGUAUGGAAAAAGUGUCCAAAAGAUUGUAUUCCCUCUGAGAGAUGGAUACUAAAUUUUGACAAACACCUUUCAGAUGGCCUUGUUUUUGCCACAGUGUUGGGAGCCUAUUGUCCAUUUCUGGUUGAGCCUUAUUUUAUGAAUAUGUACACACAACCAAAAGGUCCUGAACAGUAUUUUCACAAUUGCGCGAUUGUUGUGGAUAGUCUUCGUGAAAUUGGCUUUAGCAUUGGCAUACAGGCCUGUGACAUCUGUGACUAUAAUCCAAUUCUGAUGCUCAUGCUUUGUGUCUACAUGUAUGAAAGACUCCCUACAUAUCUCCCCAAGAUGUUGGUGACCUUUCAGUGUUCUUUACAUGACACUGCGAAGAGAAAGGUUCUAGUGAAAAAUUCAAGCUCGAAAAGAUUAGUGUAUAAUGCUACAAUCAUUGGAAGAGAUGCCGCUGACUUCACCCUCUCCCCCACAGAGAGUACUGUGACAGUUCCUCCAAAAGACACAGUCCAUAUUACUGUGAAAUUCAACAGUCGCUUCCUCCAUCCUGCCAAAGCUUCACUAAUACUAAUUUCAGUACCUAAUAUGGCAGUGGGAGGCACUACAAUGAUUUUUUCUCUUAAGGGUGAAGUCCGCAAAUUUAAUUCCAUGAAAAUGAUAAAAUGCAAUAGCCCGUGUUAUACAUGGAAAGAAAUCACUGUGAACAUUAAAAAUCCUUUCCAUACUGCUGGUGACUUUAUGGCCACUUUGGUGGAAUCCUCAACAUUUAUCUGCUUUACAUCCCAAUUAAAAGCAUCUGGACAAUCUGUUCACUUCAAACUCCACAGUGAUUCUGAGAAUGACAGUGAACAGGAUACUGCCCCCAAAACCUUAAAAACCUCAAUUAGGUCCAGUUUCAUCAGAGAGUUCUUCUGCCCAUCACCGACUGUUCACCUGAAAGCAGGACCAAAAGGGACUUCAAGCCUGGAGCUCUUCUUUGUUCCCUUUGACAUGCAGAUACGCUACUGCAUCAUUAUCCUUAGCAACAAAAUGAUUGGAGAAUUAGUAUACAUUGUGGAAGGAAAAGGUAUGGCCCCCUUGCCUUCCAAACUACCUGCAAUGACUUCCUCAAAUUUAUAUGACUACACAUGUUCUCCAGAAGGUAGACUUGAUGAGGACAAUCCAGUUCUGUAUUUGAAAUGCAAACCCUGUCAUACGUUGGAUACGGACCUUAUAUUGCCACUGACGAACGAAGUCAAGGAAAAGGCAUUGGCUUUUGCAGCACAGCAGCAGAUGUCAGAUGUAGAGUAUCAGCGGAGGUUGCUCACGGGCACUCUGGAGAGCAGUAGUAUCCGCGUGGCCAUCGCCAUCCUGGGGCUGACCAGGGUCGAGACUUGUAUGCUUUUUAAUAUCUCAAAGUUAAAGCAGCCUAAGUCCGUUUUAUAUACAACAGAAGUAAGCCUUCCAGGAUAUUUUUAUGUCCCCAAGGAAAUCCACAUUCCUCAGUAUCCGGAACCUCAAGUCAGUAAAUUGAGUUGUAAAAAAAUUCCAGAAGGAUCUUUUUCAGUUCCUUUAAAAUUUGCUCCUCUCUGUCCUGGACGCUACCCUUGCAACAUUUUGUUAACAUCAAGGUAUGAUGUUCGCGUCUACUACAUUGAAGGCGUGGUGAGUGAUGAAUGUCCAGAGACCAGAUUUGAUUUCGUAACACCAGCAUUUGAAGCCCUUACCCAGAAUAUUCCAAUAGUUAAUAGGACAAUGAAUGACUGGAGAUGUCACAUGCAUAUAGAAGGAGAAUGUUUUUAUGGACCUCGUGAUUUCUCUGUCAAACAAGGUGAAACAGCACAAUAUCCUCUCACAUUCAAACCUCUUUUGGAAUGUGAGGUUAUGGGUAAACUUACUGUACAAAAUAAAGCCGAUGGUAUGGAGCAUGUCUUUGCCAUGAAAGGGAUUGGUAGAAGACCUGUGGCCUUGGACUCUAUCACUGCCCACUGUCAGGUGGGGAUCCCAGAAGAUAGAACCAUAAUGGUGCCCAAUCAUACAAAGAGCAGAAUAACAUUUAAGGUAUCUUCAAAUGUUCCCAUAGUGUGGGGAAAGCAAAGCAUCACCAUAGAACCUGGUAGUGCAAUUCCAUAUAUUCUACACAUAAGCUCUUGGAAACGUGGUGUAUUCAAAGGUAAACUUUCAUUUUCCAUUGAAAACAGUCAAGAUGGUGAUUUUGAGAAAGACUCAGAUGAAGAUCAAGGUCAACAUGAAAUUCAACAUCAGGAUGGAAGAUCUUUUUUUAAGAAAUUGUCAGAAAAAUCCAUCAAGCUUGAUACGGCAGGCUUAGAUGAUGAUGAUAGCACUAUACAAGUCUGGUAUAAUCUUGAGAUCCAUAUCUAUCCUGGGAAACCUGUAAACAUUAUUGAAAUUAAAUGUGUUGCUAUGGAGACCACUUGUUUUGAAAUACCUCUCCGUAAUGCCAAAGAGAUAACUCUUCAAAUAGAAGUGCUGUUAUCAAGUCCUGCCCUUAGUGGAAUCAAGAAAUUUGUGCUGAAUCCAGAAGAAUGUAUCGACUAUGCAGUAUGCUAUACUCCAGCGGCUACAGGCUGUAGAGAGGAAAACAUUAUUUUUCAACCUGAUAAGGUUCUAGAGUUCUGGUAUAUACUGAAAUUUACUGUCGAACUCCCAAAUUCAACCAAAUUGCCAGAAAUGGUGUGUGACCUUGGAAAGUUUAUCAUUCAGAACUUUCCUUUAACUAAUCCUACACAUGAAACCUUAGAAUUGCAAGUAAGAAACAGUAAUCCUGAUAAUUUCUUCCUGGAUUCUCAGAAAUUACUGCUGACCAUGGCUCCUCUCUCCACGGAAAGGAUACGUGUUCGCUUUUGUCCUUCUGCUCUUGGAAGAGCUGGUCAGCAAGCUACUCUUACCUUCUACUGUGCUCAGUUUGAAGAAUGGAAAUUUCUCCUUUCUGGAAUAGGACUAUUUCCCCAGCCUCUAGAAAUAGAAAGAAUCACCACCUACCUUCAGCAGCUAGCAUCUCUGGCUAUAAUUUUCAAAAAUCCCACAGAUGAACAUGUUUUAAUCGAUGUCAUACUAACAAAUCGGGAAAUGCCGAAGAAUCUCGCCCUUGGCAUUCAGUGCGAUAGCUUCCUCAUUGAGACUACUGCCUUCAAGCUUAGUAUGGAACGCUCACAUGGAAUUGAAUUGCCUCCUAGAGGGAAUAUUCCAAUCACAGUGUGUUUUAAUCCCAAAGUUAUGAAAUUAAGGAAGACAAUGGCCGUUGUUCAAAUGAGGAGGGCAGAUGGAACAAAGUGGCCUAUUGACAAUUUUGAUGAAUUGAGUCCAGAGUUGAAAAGAAUGAUGGUAGCAGACAGUGGAGAAAUGCAAGCAAUACGAUGGAUAUACCCUAUUCUUGGACUCCCACAGGCAAAACAUGAUGAAUUCCCUCCAGUUGUCAUAAAAUGUCAGUCCAGGAAACGGAUAGAAAAGAAUUUGAAAGUCACAAUUACUGGUGAUUUUAUUGGAGAUCAUCCUAUCUUAAAUGUAUCAGAUUUUGUAGUGAUUCCAAAAAAACGUUCAUAUGCAUCUUAUGAAGAUAUCGAUGGAAUACCUAUAAAACGUGAAUUUGAAUAUGAAAUUCUAUAUGAAUCUGACGAAGUAAGAGUUGACUUACAGCCCUCUGUGGCUGUAUAUUUGAUGAAGAGAUCUUACAAUAUCAAGACUCAAGUGAUAACGUUGGACUUCAACGUGAUAUUUUCACCAAAGAAACCAAUGAAGUCUCAAAUUAUACUAAAAAUAGAGUGUAUAACAGAUGGCAUCUGGAACUUUCCCGUAACAUUGAUUGCUACUGAGCCUGAGGUGGAUGAUGUAAUUAAUAUUGAAGGAAAAGGUUUAUUUAAGGAAGCUGUUACUGAAUUCUGGCUGUCCGGUCGGAAAAGAUAUACUGAUGACUUCGUGGCAUACUUCCUACCUGACAGUGAUCCUGAGUUUUUCGUAAAACCUGAGUCUGGAGAAAUUCCUCCUUUUGACAGUAAUGGGAUUACCCUCCUGGUGGGUUUUAAACCCCAAAUGUAUGGCAGAAAAUAUAAAGCAAGAUUAGUAAUACAGACGGCCGAUAUGUACUAUUUGUAUGCUGUCAAUGGAUUACCCCAAAACACCAAACCACCAAAGAAUGUCAAACCCAAAAUUGAUGCAACUAAUAAGAACUUUGAUGACAGGACAGUUACUCAGCACAAUUUUAUCAAAGAAAAUAAUAAGAUGGUAAGGACAGGGGCAUCCUCUACCAUCAAGGGAGAGUCUUUGAUGUUGAAGAAUAAAUAA